AUGUCAAACUUACCAAAAAUUCAACAUGAAGAGAACGAGGAUAAAUUUGGAUACGUUUUUGCAGUGUCCGGACCUGUUGUCACUGCAGAAAAAAUGUCUGGUUCUGCUAUGUACGAGUUAGUUAGAGUUGGUUAUUUUGAACUGGUGGGGGAAAUAAUUAGAUUAGAAGGUGAUAUGGCUACAAUUCAGGUUUACGAAGAAACAUCUGGAGUCACGGUUGGAGAUCCCGUUCUCAGAACAGGAAAACCAUUAUCAGUUGAAUUGGGUCCUGGUAUCUUGGGAUCUAUUUUUGAUGGUAUUCAAAGACCUUUAAAAGACAUCAACGAACUUACAAGCAGCAUUUACAUUCCAAAAGGUGUUAAUAUUCCAGCUUUGGCCCGAAAUAAAGGUAUGCACAUUACUGGUGGGGACAUGUAUGGUAUUGUUCAUGAAAAUACUUUGGUAAAGCACAAACUAUUGUUACCUCCUCGAUCUAAAGGUACUGUUACCUAUAUUGCACCACCUGGUAAUUACACAGACGUCGUUCUCGAGACGGAAUUUGACGGGGAAAAAUUUAAAUUCACCAUGUUGCAAGUUUGGCCCGUUCGUCAGCCAAGACCGGUUACCGAAAAAUUACCCGCAAAUUAUCCAUUACUUUGCGGACAAAGAGUUUUAGAUUCACUUUUCCCUUGCGUUCAAGGAGGCACUACGGCCAUUCCUGGAGCUUUCGGUUGUGGUAAAACCGUCAUAUCUCAAUCACUUUCCAAAUAUUCAAAUUCUGAUGUUAUUAUUUACGUGGGAUGCGGAGAACGUGGAAAUGAAAUGUCAGAGGUAUUAAGAGAUUUUCCAGAACUUUCCGUUGAAAUCGAUGGUCAAACUGAAUCGAUUAUGAAAAGAACUGCGUUGGUGGCAAACACAUCAAACAUGCCUGUAGCUGCUCGAGAAGCUUCUAUUUACACGGGAAUCACCCUAUCCGAGUAUUUCAGAGACAUGGGUUACAAUGUUUCCAUGAUGGCAGAUUCUACAUCGCGUUGGGCCGAAGCAUUGAGAGAAAUUUCAGGUCGUUUAGCUGAAAUGCCUGCAGACAGUGGUUAUCCGGCUUAUCUCGGAGCCAGAUUGGCAUCCUUUUACGAAAGAGCUGGCAGAGUCAAGUGCUUGGGAAAUCCCGAUAGAGAAGGAUCAGUAUCCAUAGUCGGUGCUGUAUCUCCUCCCGGUGGAGACUUUUCCGAUCCCGUAACUUCAGCCACACUUGGAAUAGUUCAAGUUUUUUGGGGAUUAGAUAAGAAACUUGCACAAAGAAAACAUUUCCCUAGUAUUAACUGGCUUAUUUCCUACAGAGCUUUGGAUGACUUCUACGACAAGAACUUUCCAGAAUUCGUGCCGCUGAGAACCAAGGUUAAAGAAAUCCUUCAGGAAGAAGAAGAUUUGUCGGAAAUUGUGCAAUUGGUCGGAAAAGCUUCACUCGCAGAAACAGAUAAGAUAACAUUGGAAGUAGCCAAACUUUUGAAAGAUGAUUUUCUACAACAAAACAGUUAUUCUCCGUAUGACAGGUUCUGUCCUUUCUACAAGACUGUCGGAAUGUUGAAAAAUAUGAUCGCUCUUUACGACAUGUCGAGGCACGCGGUGGAAUCAACGGCUCAAAGUGAAAAUAAAAUAACGUGGAACGUUAUAAAAGAUAGCAUGGGUAACAUAUUAUACCAAUUGUCUUCGAUGAAAUUUAAGGAUCCGGUCAAAGAUGGCGAAGCUAAAAUCAAAGCAGAUUUCGAGCAAUUAUACGAAGAUAUUCAACAAGCAUUUAGAAAUUUGGAAGAUUAA